AUGGAUCGUAAAAAACGUCCAAGGAAACGAUCAUCUCAUGUUUCUCAAAAAUCAGAAAAAAGAAUUGACUUUGUUUCUUUUUUGUUUUCAAAGGAAUUAGUCUUGAGAGUAUUUAGUUUUUUAUCUUCUCAGGAUCUAAUCACCUGUACUGUAGUCAGUCAUAACUGGUCUCGCAUAGCUAAUGACGAAAUGUUAUGGAAACCUUUAUUCUAUAGAAAAUUUCAAAACUUAUUUUUAUUAAAGGAAACAAGAAAAUAUUACUAUGAUCCAGUGAUAAGAUAUAGAGGAAGUUGGAAAACAAAAUAUAGAAUUCAUCAUAACUGGUUAUACGGCAAUUGUCAAAUUAGAGAUGUUACUAAUGUAUUCCAUACUUCACCAAAUGUUCAUCAAUACUUUCAAUUCACUCAUGACAUUAUAUUUACAGCUCAAAGUGAUUCUUCUAUAAUUAAGGUUUGGAGAUACAAUAAUAAUGAAAAGGAUAAUUUCUUUAAAUUACUUGGUCAAAUACAAUCACUUGAGGUACAACAAGAAGAUAUCUUUAUUACUUACCUUAAACUGACAACAACAGAAAAACAAUAUUUAAUAGCAGGCUAUUCAAAUGGUGGAUUUACUAUAUGGGAGUUUUCAACAAAUGAUGUUAUGGCUAUAAUUAAUAAUACUCUUGUUGAUGAGAUACAUGAAUUAAUUACUUAUUUUCCUACAAGUAAUCAAAAUAAAGUCAAGUCAAUAGGUAUGGUUUAUCCGAUGAUUGUAGUUUAUACAGAAAAUAAGAAGCUUUCCAUCUUUCAUUUCAAUAAUGAUACAUUAAAACUUAUUGAUCAGCUACAAAGCGCUGUUGAUUGGCAACCGGUAAUAAUUAAUAUUUACCCAAUCUCGAAUCAUGAUUAUAAAAAACUAUGGAAAGUUGUUUUAUGUUUUGGCUUAUUAUCUGGAGAAGGGAAUUAUACAUCAACCGCUGUUGGCAUUCAAGAAAUUAUUUUAUCUACUCAUUCUAUUCUAUUUUCAAGACAAGGAUUCAGUAUUCAUUCAGAACCGAAUGUAUCUUCAUAUUCUUCUAAUUACAACCAUAAUACAGCAUCUAAACAGCUGAUCACAUCUAUGGCUUAUACACCUCCUUAUAUCAUUACAGCCCAUCCGAAUAACACUAUGAAACAAUACCUUGUUACUUCAGACAAUAAUAAUCAGUUUAGCGUUACAUUUCAACAAAUCCUUUAUGGUCAUGCAUUUAGAGUUGAUGCACUCGCUAUAUCCGAUCAAAAAUUAAUCAGCGGGGAUAGAUCAGGCUUAAAAAUAUGGGAUCUUUUUUUAUUAAAACAAGAAGAUUUUGUUACAGUGAACCAUUAUAAAGAACAAUCCAACAUGAAUGAGCUUCCAGAAUGUCAAAUUGAAUCACUAAAUUUUGAUGAAGAUAAAAUUAUGGCCAUUAUUAAUUUGCCUAACCAUGAAUCUUCGUUUAUUCGAUUGUGGUCAUUUAAAUAA